AUGGCGGACCAGGAGCAACUGCAACAACUGCCUGAGGCGCCGUUUCCUGCACCACCUCCCUUCUGGAAACAUUUCACGGUUGCCAAUGAAGAGCAGCUGAAGAAGUCUGAAACCGCCGAAGGCUCACUACCUCUCCCUUUAGCAUAUCUGCGUCCUCCUCCUCCCCCUCCAGAUUCAGCAGAAUACUACACCACUUUCGGACAGAAGCAAGUUGUUGACCCUACGAGACCUUCGUCGCUCCCAAGAGACCAGCUCCUCUUCAACCCGGAUGACCCAAACCUGAACCAUGCGGUCAUUCUCAGUCGCCUCACCAAAUCUCUUCUACUCAAUUUUCUCGAGUUGACUAGCAUCCUUUCGCUCGAUCCUACAAAACACGCAGAGAAGAUGGAGGACAUCAGACAGCUUGUGCUCAAUAUUCAUGUGGUAAUCAACGUGUAUCGGCCGCAUCAAGCGCGUGAAAGCGUUAAAGAGUUGCUUGAAGCGGUCCUCGAAAACGGACAGAGGGAAAUAGAGGAAUGCGACAGACUCAAGGAGCGAGUGGACGAGUUCCUAGGCAAUGUGGGUGAACUCAAGACAACUAAUGUGGUCGAGGGUCCGACGCAGGAAGAUUCCGCAGCUCGACAGCUCUCUAAUGACGCGAAACUGGAAGAACAGCGACAACUGUGGAAGCUGAUUCAUGAGAUGGCUGAUUGA